AUGACUGUAAACAAUACUAUUGCUCAUCAGCGCUUAAUUCUUAGUGGUGAUCGCGAAAGAUUUAAGGAAUUACUACGGAAGAGGCUAAUAGAAUGUGGUUGGAGGGAUCAAGUUCGAAUGCUUUGUCGAGAUGUAGUCAAAGAAAAUGAUACUAACAACAUAACGUUUGAUACGCUGGUUUCAAGAGUCACACCUCGGGCUAGAGCAAUUGUUCCGGAUACUGUUAAAAAAGAGCUCUUACAAAAAAUCAAAACACAUUUACUUACUCAGAAAGAUCAGUAA